AAUAAAUCAAUUCUAUAAUAUAAUAGGCACUGUAACGGAACUAAUUUAGUUUAACCGUAAACUGCUAUGUCGUCACCUUAACCGACGGAAUCACUCGUCCAGAAAUAUAGCAAUGUGAUUGCUAAAGAUCACUCUGUAAUCGACAUCAGAUGAAAGCGAGUUUAUCAAUAUAAAUGCAAACUAUUGUAACGACUACACCACAACGAGCUCAGCUCAGCAAGCCUUCAUACCUUCCGGUAAGACAAUAAUUUCAAGUAUAAUAUUUAUUAUCUUAUGCGAAAAAGUUAAAUAACACUUAAAACUCUUUACAGUAAAUAUGAAGGACUUAUUCUUUCUGGUGCUGCUAGUUUGCAGUGUGAUACUGGCAAACACUCGUCAUGUUGAAAAUGAAGAAAAACUAGAAAAAUCAAAUGGAUCAGAGUCCCUAGACCAAGUGCUCGCGGGAACGGAAAAGAAAGAGGCAAAGAGCAGUCACAAAGAAGAGGGCGGUGGAAAAGAACACCAUGCUCAUCAUCACAAGGAUGAAGGUGAAAAGGGUGAAAAAGGAUAUAAGUCUCAUCACCAUCAUGAUAAAGGAGAACAUGGUCACCACGGCAAACAUCAUCAUGAAGGUCACCACGACGAACAUGGUGGACACAAAAAGAAACAUCACGACGAACAUGAUCACCAUGGUGAACAUCACGAGGCAGAACAUGGCCAUAAGGGUGGCAAGUUCGGUCACAAAAAAGGGCAUAAAAAGGGUUCAAAGACCACUGGAUUCCACCACAAGUCUCAUAAAGAUGAAUACCAUAAGGAACAUAAGUUUUAUGAUGAUUUCCAUAAGGGUGGUCAUCACCAUAAGCACGGCGACUUCCAUGGCCAUCAUGAUAAUAAAGAAGGACAUCACAAGAAGGGUGGUCAUCAUGAGAAAGGUCAUCACGAAAAACAUCAUGGCAAGAAAGGGAAACAUGAUAAAGGUCAUUAUGAUGAAGAUCAUAAAGGACACAAAGGCCAUCAUGGUCAUGAAGAACACCAUGCCCACCAUCAUGAUCAUGGUAAGAAGGAAGGUCAUGCAGGAGGAAAGGAGUUUGGCUACAGUCAUGGAAAGAAAGCAUAA